UUAGUCGUGUAAUUAAUGAGAUCUGCUCAUCAAAUAAGCGACAAGAAUGCCUUCGAGAUAAACAAGCAAGUGAUUUGAUAAGUGCUUUAGAAGCUGGACUAGUAAAAACAGGAAGAGGAUUGAAUCAACAGUUAGCACUUGUCAGAGCAGGUGAUACACGAUGGAGUUCUCAUUACAAAUCAUUGCUUAAUUUGCAAAAAUUAUUUAAAUCUGUGAUUGAGGUGCUCGAAGAUUUGGAAGACCGUGAUAAAAGUGGUGAAGCCACUUCAUUGUUGAAUGAAUUGCAAACUUUUGAAUUUUGUUUCAUGCUUCAUUUGAUGAUCAAUGUUUUGCCCAUUACACAUGAUCUUUCACAGGCAUUGCAAAGGCGUGAACAAGAUCUUGUGAAUGCUUUGAAACUAGUCACAGUUGUCAAACAACGUUUAGCGGCAAUGAAAACAGAUAUUGGAUGGGGUGCUUUGUUUGAUGAGGUUGUUACUUUUUGUAACAAAUUUCAUAUAGAUGUGCCUUCAAUGGAUCAGAACUACAUCAAAGGAAAAAGAUCGAAACGCAGGGCACCGAGUAUAACGAACAUGCAUCAUUACAAGUAUGAUUGUUUACAUGAGAUUGUUAAUUUGUUUGUGGCUGAGCUUGAUAGCAGGUUUGAUGUGGCAAGCACUGAGUUAUUGCGUUGUGUGUCUUGUUUAUGUCCUUCCUCCUCGUUUGAAGCUUUUGAUAGGGCAUCUUUGCUUAAAUUGGCAUAAUUUUAUCCAAAAGAGUUUUCUGACGUUGAUCAAAAGAUACUCGAGAAUCAGCUUGAGAAUUAUAUUUUAGAUGUCCGUUCUGAUAAUAGAUUUUCUGAUUUGAAUGGUUUAUUAGACCUUUCAAUUGAAAUGGUUUCCACGAAGAAGCAUCUCACAUAUCAGCACGUGUAUACACUUAUUAAGUUAUCUCUACUUCUCCCAGUAGCUACAGCAAGUGUUGAACGGGCG